AUGAUGAAGCAUUUGGGUUUUCAUGGUGAUUGGAUCGUUCUCAUCAUGAGAUGCGUUUGUUCUGUUUCCUAUUCUGUUAACCUUAAUGGGAUUAAUAGUGAAUGGUUUUCUCCAUCAAGAGGCUUAAGACAAGGAGACCCUCUUAGCCCCUAUCUGUUUCUGAUUUGUGCUGAGGGUUUUUCUACGCUUAUUCAGGAUGCCAAACAGAAAGGUUGGAUGUUGGGCGCACCUAUUGGUAGGGAGAGAUUAUCUAUUAAUCAUUUGUUUUUUGCAGAUGAUUGCAUCCUUUUCAGAGAUGCCUCGUGUGAGGGGGCCAGAGUGGUUCGUGAUGUCAUUCGGGAAUAUAAGAUGGUCUCGAGGCAGCGGAGAAAAACAUGGGCUUUUGCUAAUUUUGCUGAUCGGUUCAGAAAACGAGUCGAAGGGUGGAGUUUGCGCUAUCUGUCAAUAGGGGGUAAGGAGAUCUUUAUUAAAUCGGUCUUGCAGGCAACACCGCUUUAUGCUAUGCAAUACUUUCUUUUGCCCAAAUCGUUAUGUCGUAAGCUUGAAGGCAUUAUGAAUAGGUUCUGGUGGACUAACAACAAGACAUUGAAAGAUAUACUAUCAGCGAAAGUUGGUUCUUACCCUUCAUUUACCUGGAGAAGCAUUUGUAGCGCUCAGGAGUUGAUUGGAGAAGCGAUUUUGUGGCGGGAGAUUAAGCCUACUUGGACGACUGUUAAUCAACUAAUUGAGACUGAGACUAAUACUUGGAAUGGGGAGCUAGUUCAUAAUUUAGUUGACGAAACUACAGCAGCUCGAAUUUCUAUUCCUAUUUCUGGAAGUAGCUCGGAGGACAUGAUAGUUUGGAAACAUGAAGGUUCUGGGGAAUACACAAAAAGAUGUGUGUGGACUUCCUUACAAGUAAAGAUUCCGUUAUUCGAAGCUUCGUUGUGUUACAAGAAUCACUUUGUUAGAACGUUUUCUGCAGCAAAUGAACAACAAAAACGAAUCAUUGUAAUUUCCAUAUGGGGCCUAUGGUUUCGUAGAAAAAAAAUGAUCUAUGAAGGGGUAAAAUUUUCAUUGCAAGAAUUGUUGGGGUUUAUUCGAGGAUAUGAACAAGAUCUUAGUCAAAAUCAAGAGAAUCUCCGUCAUUCUCUUAGAUCUAUGGUAAAGGAUCUUUGGAGACCCCGAGAGUAUAGAGUUAUUAAGAUAAACUUUGAUGUGACUUUCCAAAAAGAAGAAGCACUCGCUACAACAACAAUUUUAGCCAGAGACUCUACAGGAGAAAUCGUAGGGGCGGAAACUUAUCUUUUUGAGGAUGUUGUUGACGCAUUUGUGGCAGAAGCAUGGGCUUGCAAAAAGGCAUUAAUCUUUGCGAGUAUGAUGGGCUUUUGGCGUCUGAUCGUGGAAGGAGACUCUUUGACAGUUAUCAAAAGUAUUAAGAAGAAGGGGGAAGAUAAAUCGGUUCUCAGGCCGAUUACACAUCAUAUUUGUAAAAUGGGUUUACAUUUUGAUGAGGUAUCUUACCUUUUUGUGCCCCAAACGGUUAAUGGAGCGGCUCACACUUUGUGGUGGCUGGGUUAA